GAAUUUCCCUCCCCGAGCUGACAUGGCUUGGGUGGGAGAACUGGGGGCUGCGAGCAUUGUCAGCCGGGUGUUACACCUCCGUGGUGUUUGCCCGUAGUGUGCGGGAGGGUCAGUGUAUGGACAUCUUUCAGCGAGAGCUCCGUUCGCGACACAUCGACAUUGAGUCAGCAGCAAUCCAAUGGGCGCAACAUGAAAACCAGCUGUCUGAAAAGUCUGCUGGUAGCUUGUCUCGCGAAGACAAGAAUGAUGCCAUAAUUAAGUUCGUGAAGUGGAUUGUUGAUCAGGUUCAGAAGUGGAGUGUUUCGGCCGUUGAGGAGUCUCAAACUGCCCGCAUUCGUCACCUUGAGGCGCAGAUUGCAGAGUUGAAGUCGCAACCUCACCGGGGUCAAACGUCAGAACGAGAGGCUUCCAAACGGAAGGAGUUCAGUGGUGAAUCUUCCGUGCCUGCGAACAAGAGGUUGCGUGUCGCUGGUAAGAAGGGGCUAGAACAAACCGGCGAUUUCCAUGUGACCGAAGAUCAGUUGUUCGAGCUGGAUCCCCCCAAGAAGCCGCUACGGGCUGACUGUCCAGCAAAAGCUGGAACAUCCUCCGUAACCUCGCGGUUGAAGAAGCUUCCAAGUGAAGUUCAGUCCCAAGCCUUGGCGGAUUACAGAGCCAUUGAGCCAUUGGUCAAAACAUGGUCGGAUGAUAAAAGCGGAUCUGUCAAGGAGAUUGCUUCCGCGUGGGGCCUCCCAGUACAGUUGUCUGUGGGUAUGUCAAACAAGGAUCUUGUUCGAGUGAUCGUUGCGGCACACCACAUGGCGAAGUGUUUCGGCAGUGUGGAGUGUCCCCCGAAACGUAUCGAGGAAGUGGCUUUUCUCAGCCGAGCCGUCGGUCCGGAUUGGUUUCAUCGGAAGUCCUUCUUUGAGUACGUGUCGGUCCAGAGCACGCAGUCGUUUGGCAGAGGUUCUGAAGUUUCGACAUCAAGAUUUGUCGUCGCUUCGUUGCGGGAUGUACGGUGCAAGUUUCAGAAUGUGUUGUUGCCAUUUCAUUUGGAAGGAAGUCAUCAGAGCGUGGGCAAGAUGUUGUUCUCCUUCAAAGAGUGGUUUAACAAAUUCGAGUCGUUGCCUGGGGAAUCGUUUUGCAAGUGCAAAGAGGUGUUGAGCCAGCAUCCAGAACUGGAGACCGUGGGCGGGCAUGUUGCAUCUCCGGCUGAGCGAUUGUCCAUGUCAUCGCAUUUGAAGAAGUUGGUCGGCUAUUCGGCCAAAGCCACGAUCUUUCCCAGCAAACAUGUGUUGACGGCACGCAUUCCUCAUGCAUUCGUUUUUCUGAAGAAGCAGAAGGACUACCAGGCCGCUAGGUUGUGGCCAAAUUUGCAUGGGUACCUACGAGAAGUUGUCAUUCCAUGGCGUGAUGCGGUAGAGCUUGUCUUUUUGCAGUACUUCCAGAAUCGAGCGUGCAAUCAUCCGGAUGCUUUCAUGUUCACGGUACAUGAUCGGCAAAAGUUCUCAGAAG